UUUCAGUUGUGCAAGGUGCCGUUCAGUGCUCUAUUGCAGCUGAGCCGGAAAAGCAAUUUUCCCAUAUUUUCCAAGAGCAAGUGAACAUUAUUGAUUAUUUAUAAUGUCGAAGCGCAGCCAACCGGCAUGGUCUGUGCAUCCGUCUUCAGAUGGUCCAGUCCUGAAGGUCUUCAACAGCUUGACCAGACAAAAGGAAAUAUUUGUUCCCCAAGACGGCAAAAGGGUGACUUGGUAUAGCUGCGGACCGACCGUCUACGAUGCCUCGCAUAUGGGACAUGCCAGAUCAUACAUUACCUUUGAUAUCUUAAGAAGGAUCUUGUCCGAUUACUUCGGUUAUGAUAUUCUUUAUGUCAUGAAUAUUACGGAUAUUGAUGAUAAAAUCAUCAAGAGGGCCAGACAGAAUUAUUUAUUUGAAAAGUACGUGGCGGAAAAUCACAGUUUGGAGCAGGUUUUGAGCGAUGCUAAAAUGGUGAUGGAAAAGUUAUCAGUAACAGUGAAAGCUACAACAGAUCCUGAUAAGAAAAUAAUGCUGGAACGUUUGAUGACUAAGUUGACUGCUGCUACUGAAGUAUUAGAAGCUGCGGUGAAGGGCGGUGAUGGCGCGAAGGUAGCCAAUGCACAAGAGAUGUUCGUGAGGGAAUGUAAAGAUCCUUUAUCGGAUUGGUUGGAUAGUAAAUUCGGAGCUACUGUCACGGAUAAUGCAAUUUUCAGUGCUCUUCCCGCUCAUUGGGAGCGCGAGUUCCAUAAAGAUAUGGAUUCUCUAAAUGUAUUGAGACCAAAUGUAUUAACCAGAGUUAGCGAAUAUAUCCCGGAGAUUGUAGAUUACGUGGUGAAGAUUAUUGAGAAUGGAUUAGCGUACGAAGCUAAUGGCUCUGUUUAUUUCGAUGUCGGGGCUUUCGAUCGCAAGGAUAAGCACCAUUACGCCAAAUUGGUACCAGAAGCUUACGGAGAUGCUAGCAGUUUGCAAGAAGGCGAAGGGGACUUAACCACCGCAGCUCAGCAGAACGAAAAGCGAGCUCCAACUGAUUUCGCUUUGUGGAAAAAGAGCAAGGCAGGAGAACCUGCUUGGGAUUCACCUUGGGGAAAAGGACGUCCAGGAUGGCACAUCGAAUGCUCAGCGAUGGCAUCUGCAAUCUGCGGUCCAAAGUUGGACAUCCAUACUGGUGGUGUUGACUUGAAGUUUCCGCAUCACGAUAACGAAAUAGCUCAGAGUGAAGCUCAUUUUGAUGAAGCCGAAUGGGUUAAAUACUUCUUGCAUUCGGGUCAUUUAACCAUUGCAGGUUGUAAGAUGUCUAAAUCAUUGAAAAACUUCGUUAGCAUCCAGGAUGCGUUGAAGGAUUACAGCGCUAGGCAACUACGUUUCGCAUUCUUGUUGCAUUCCUGGAGGGAUACCUUGGAUUAUAGCCCGAACACUAUGGAAAUUGCCAUGCAAUACGAAAAACUCUUCAAUGAGUUUUUCUUGAACGUGAAAGAUAUAACUAGGACCAUCGGACAAGGUACUAACAAUGAGACGUUCGCCAAAUGGGAUAAAUCGGAGCUGGAUUUGAAUGAGAAAUUUGAAAAGGGUAAAACUGAUGUUCACGCGGCGCUUUGCGAUAACAUCGAUACCAGGACUACUUUGGAAGCUAUGCGAGACAUAGUGAGCGCCAGCAAUUUAUACUUGAGGGAUAGGAAGCCACCAAACGCUUUGUUACUUUUCGAUAUUGCUAGAUAUAUAACUGGAUUAUUGGAGAUCUUCGGAGCCAUCAAUAACCCCGGUCAAAUUGGAUUCCCUAUGGCAGGAGAAGCGUCAGGAAACGCGGAGAACAUCAUAAUGCCGUACUUAUCCAUUUUGUCUGAGUUCAGAGGCAACGUCCGCGCUCAUGCUAGAACUCUUAAAGCCACCGAUAUCUUAAAGGAAUGCGACGAAUUAAGAGACGAAAUCUUGCCGAAUGUAGGUGUUAGGUUGGAGGAUCGCGAGGGAGAACCAAGUGCUGUUAAAUUGGUGGACAAGGAAACAUUGCUGAAGGAAAGGGAAGCCAAGAAGAAAUUGGAGCUUGAAAAACAAGCUGAAAAGGAGAAAAAGAAACAAGAGUUGGCUGCAGCUAAUGCAGCCAAGGAGGCGCAAAAGAAGAUUCCGCCUACUGAAAUGUUUAAAUCCGAAACUGAUAAGUACUCUAAAUUCGAUGAAAAUGGUUUACCGACACACGAUUUAGAAGGAAAGGAGAUCAGCAAAGGUCAAAUGAAGAAGUUGCAAAAGCUGCAGCAAGCUCAGGAAAAGAAAUAUCAAGAAUAUUUAGCUAGUCAGAAAUCUUGAACGAACGAUGAAUCACCGAUGAUUAUUUAUUAUGCGAGAACUUAUUAAUUAACCAUUUAAUGAUUAAUUUUAUGAAAGAUAGUGUUGAAAACAUUGUUUCUCUAACUAUUGUGCAUUUUAUAGUGUAAUAUAAAUCAUUGUGUAAUUUUAUACUACUUAUAUUUAAUAUACAAA